UAAGUCAGACAAUAUCAGGAAAAUAAUGUCAGUAAAACAGCAAAUAUCGAGCAUCCCUUUUUUAUCAUUUUUUUAAAGCUGUCCCGUCCUGGCUGUAGAAGCAGACAGAAUGGUUGACACAGGUGCCAUUACAUGCUAGAGCAGUUUUACUCUACAGCACAGGUGUCAGUCUCCGGUUCUCGAGGGCCGCUAUCCUACAUGUUUUAUUGUUUUCCCUGUUUUGACCCACCGGAUUUCAGUCAGCAGGUUAUUAACAGGCUUCUGGAGAGCCUGAUGAGCUGCUGCACAGGUGAUUCAACCACUGAAUCAAGUGUGUUGGAGCAGUGAAACCACUAAAACAUGCUGGCUCCUGGCCGUCCAGGCCGGGAAUUUAAUACCCCUGCUGUAAGUGGCCCUCAGGUACUUUGGCCAUGCCUGUUUUAGACUGUAUUUCUGCUUCAACACAACAGGGGCCUCAUUUAUCAAGCUUGCUUACGCACAAAACGGGGUCGGAAAACUGCGAAAGCAACUUUCCACGCAAACUUUGGGAUUUAUGAAAGAAAACUUAGUGGAAAAUGUGCGCAACUUUAAGUAGACUAAGGACCUGGCUUACGCACAUUUUGGGCAUGGAGAGCACCUGCAGUGCUGCUGCUGAGAAGGAUAAAAUUAUGAAAAUCUGCAGCAUUAUCACUUGUACCGCUUUGUUUUCACACACAACAAGACCCCACACAUGCACGUGCACACACACACACACAUGCGCGCAUACUCAUACACACACGCACACGCGCGCACACGCACACAGCCUGAAGUGCAGAAUACGGAAUGCAGAAUAUCAGCAGGGGGACAGAUUGAGACAGAAUGUCAUGCAUCUGUGACAGUGUGUGUCCUGUCACCGUGACCCGAUUGAUCAUACGCCCUGGCUACUUGGACAAGGGAGAUUUCCUUUUGGCUGACUGGUUAGUGCGCAAGACUUUCACCUGGGAGUCUGGAGAUCGAAUCCUGAUUGGACCAUUUUUUUAUAUCCACCACAGAUCUCUCUGAAGAAUUCACAACAUUGACGACUUCAGCAACGCUGUGCCACUCCGUGGAUUUUCUCUUGUUUUGCAACAGUACUUCCUUUCAUUUCUCCACCUCACCCACAAGUACCUCAACUUCUGCUCAUGAAAUAGCGCUUCCUUGAUAUGCGGUCGUGGUUGAAAUGCUGCAACAAGCCGGCUUAUGUAUAUACUGUACAUAAGGCACUUUGCAUUGACCAUUUAUGGCAGUAAGUGGGCGUGGUGAGGGCGGGAUGUGACUAAAAAGAAGCUGAGACACUUUCUCGUUAGUCUCUGAUUUAUGAAGCGGAGAUUGCGUGCAGCUGUGCGUACUCCAUGUUUGAUAGAUCACAAACCUUAUUGGCGUGAGUACUUUUUUUUGUGAGUACGCUUUUAAUAAGGAUUCUACACAAUGUUUGAUAAAUGAGACCCCUGGUGAUUAUCUGGUAUCUACAGAUGGUAAUCCGAUAAUCCAACCAUUGAGUUGGUUGUGUUGGAGCAGGAAAACAUUAAACCCUGCGGGAUAGUGGCUCUAGAGAUGGGAUUGGACACCACCGCUCUAUGUUAAACACCAGCAUCAUCCCCCAACAGCUAACUGACACUUAAGUCCCACACAAACUAACAGGUUAGCCACAUUUACUUUGAAGAGAAAACUUAAGUAAACUGUAAAGGAAAAUGACCGUCAUCUGGAUAAACAUUGUUUCAGUUGACCUCAAAUUAAAGAGCUUUAGACCAUCUGACUAAACAGGGGGUUUGUUCACAACCUGUGUAUCCUCUGACAUCUGCUCUCAGCUCUUAGAGAUCAGUUUGGAGUUUGGAUGUUUUUGUAGCUGAUGACCAACCCACUAUGGUCCUGGGUGAUAAAAGGGAGAAUAUUCACUGGAACAGUCACUUUAGCAGAUCCUCUACACAGUCUAGCUCUCCAGCAGCCUGAUUACUUCACCUUCCUUGCUGUAGGAAAGAAAAACCAACAGAUUAUGUUGUGUCAUAUUUUUUCUCACCUCAUCAUCAUCCUGGAUUAUUUGUGUUGUGCUAAAGAACCGAGUCCAUGCUGCUGUCAAUCAGACAGUGUUAAUUUCCUCCCUGGAUGUUUGGUUUUAAACUUGGGCCACACCACCCAUACCAUAAUUUAUUUUCUGUAGUCAUACAUUUGCAAAUGUGAGAAGGAUUUCCUCUGAAAGUAAACAUCAGAAGGUUUUGGAUUAAGACAAGCAGGGGUUGUAUGACCUGCUUGUGAAAAUGGCCAUGUCCUUCACUGCCGACACCGCAAGAAACGUCAAUGUUAAGUCAAAAGUUGUGUGCUCAAGUAUGUUUUUGAAACUUCCCCUAUUUGCACAUUUAGCAUACACCCUCCUGGAGUAGCUCUAACAGACUGAGCAUUGUACUGUCAGCAGCAGGGUAUGGGUAUAGGUUUUAAAAAUAUAAUUGGAUUGGUUGACACUGUCACACAUUCCUCACAAUCUUUACUGAAUAGAACAGUUAUUUAUUCAUUUAUUUAUUGUUGGUGUAGAAUUUACUUUAUGAACUUUUUUUUAUUGUUUGGUCUGAAUUCCUCAAUAAAAGACUUAUAAGACCCAUCCAGGAGCACCGGAAGUUUGGCGCCAAACAGCUACUGCAAAGAAAAAAACACCCCUGUCUGCUUCUGUUAUACAGAAAAGGAACCAUGAUAUCCUAUGCAGGCAAUUUGGAAAAGGUUUUGGUGGAGCUAAAGCUAAAAGUCUCAUUGAUACUCAUCUGUACACAAUUAUAGUGGUAUUGGUUACAAGUAACCAAUUACAACCAUGUGUAUAAAGAAAUACAUUUGAACAUACAAGAUGCAAGGUAAGAAGUGAUUAACACCUGGAGAAAAGGAUUGUAAUUGUAUUUUCUAGUCCAGAAAAUGUUCUUUUUGUUCCAUAGAGGGGGUGAGGCUUAAAUUACAUACUGCAGCCAGCCAAUAGUGAGCAAUCAUUUUGUUUUGCAUUCUUUAUUUUAAAUAUCCUGUUUCAAGUAGAGUUUUUGCAUUCAGUCAUGCAUAAUUUUAACUUAGGCCAGUUGCAACUUCUGCAAUACCAUAAGCCAUAUUGGAGCACAUGUUUAUUAUUAUUAGAAUUUUUAUAACACCAAAUUACAGCAAGAUAAACCUCAGUCUUGUCUGGAUUGAAGAGCAGAAAGUUUUGAGUCAUCCAGCUUUUUUCUGUCAAGACAAGCCUGUAACCGAUUAGGUUCAUCAGGGUUUAUGGAUAAAUAUAACUGAGUAUCGUCAGCAUAAGAGAGGAAGUUUAUCCCAUGCUGUUUAACCCCCAGAGACCCAUGGUUGUAAUAUUACAACAUCAGAUUUAAGUCUACAAAAAUAAACCUUCCCCAUUUUUUUUCUUUUUGAAACCACAUUUACAUUGCUAAUAGGUCCUAUUGUUCAGUUCUGCAACACUAUUGGCUGUUAAAAUGUGUAAAUAGGCCCGUUUAUCUGGCCUCCUAGAAUAACAUGUGAAAGGUUAAAAAAAGAUUUUGCAGUUGCUUUCUAAAUUUGGGUCUCUGGGGGUUAAUGAUUUUACCAAUUGGAAGCAUAUAUGUUUAUAUGGUAAAAACAAUGGGUCCAAGCAUUGAACCCUGUAGUACCCCACAAGUAACCCUAUAGCAGUGCAUCACAAUCCCAGUCCUCAGGACUCCCUGCUGUACAUGUUUUCCAUGGUAUCCUUUCAAACACCAGUGUUUCCCUGAUACCACACACACCUGACCUAAAUGAUUGAGCGAUUAAAAGGCAUCUGCACACUCAUUGUCUUCCUGAGGAGGCAAUGCAAUGCAAUGCAAAUGCAAAUCAGGUGUGCUGAAACAGAGACAUGGAAAACAUGCAGGACAGGGAGUCCUGAGGACGGGACUUUGGGAAACACUGCCCUAGAGUUUGAAGAUUUUUCAUUUACUUGAAAACUGAAAUCAAACCAGUCUAGUGCUGUUCCUUUGAUCCCUACAACAUGUUCAAGUCUUUGUAAGAGAAUAUUGGGUUUAUUUAUUUAGCAGAUGUUUUUACUCAAAGAAACGCACAAACAUCACCAAACAUCUUACCAGUGAUUUGUAACAGUAGUUAGAGGUUUUUAGUCCCACACAUUUUGCAAUUUUUUUUACCCAUUAAGAGCAUUUAAGUUUUAAGGUGUCUGAUUUCUAGCUAAUACCUGUUUUUGGCACAUGUGAAGGAACUUUGUGCUCCAGAAUGCAACCUAGCAUUCUGAAAACAAGCUCAUAGGACAGAAACCUUUCAGACAAAGUGCAAAAGUCUGGUGCUUUCCCUUCCUUAUAGUGAAAGAACAUUAUGGUGUAAAGCUCGGUGAAUGUGCAGAUCAGUGAAUGUUGGUGUUAUAUUUUGGGAACUACCUUUCAACCUAAUUUAGGUUACAUUUCUCAGUGACCAAACUAACAUCAUGAAAAGUAACAGCACUUAUUAGUUUUGUGCAUUGGCAAGAAUCUAGCGAUACGAUAUGUAUGCGAUCACAAUACAGGGAGAUGAUACGAUAUAUCCUAAAAGCCAGAUGUUAUUAACAAUUUUUAAUACUGGGCCCAAUCAGGCCAGAUUCUUCCAAGACACAUCCAGUGCCAGAUGUAGUUGUUUUGGGAGAUUGAAGACGGUCGAAAGUGCUGCCACCUAGCAGCUGGAGUUAGAAUUGCACCACACAAAAACAAAGCAGUAACAUUUCUGAAUAAAAGAUGCUCUGCUUUUAAAUAUCACUUCAGUUUCAUAACACAAAAUAUCGUGAUAUUUCAGUGUAUCAACAUUGUCUCACGUUUCUAGCACUCAGGCUAGCAUAACAAGUACAGAAAGGUGCUUGCACACAACCCAAUGUAUAUAAUUAUUUGCACAAAUGAUCAGAAUGGAUCAUAAUAUGUGUGUACUAUGGGCAAAGGGGACUAAAGGCUGCUGGGUUUGCGCUCAGUCCUUUCAGUAAUUUAUGCAGUUUAUCUCGUUGGUUUGCUGAUUAUGACAGAGACCUUGUCUCAGACAUUUAUGUUGGUACAACCACAUUCUUUAUAAUCAUUAUCCAAUAUAUUCAAUCUAUUGAUGGGUAGAAUGACUCAAGAGAAUAAUAUACCUUGGAAAACCUGGAAAUCCAGUUGGUGUAUAGUAAAUUCCCUCAGUUCCAGGAGCUGUUAAUUGUGAAUAGUAUUUUUAAAAUGAUUAUUAUUGGUCUUUUUCCCCUAACAGGCAGAGGAUUCAGUCCCUCUAGGGUUCACCUGGUUUAUUCCCAACCUUCACACCAUAAAUGUUCUCUCUGGCUCAAAGUGCCAGAUGUUAUGAAAGGACCUAUUGAAGUAGACCUUCACCUCAAAUGGAACGGGAAAUAAGUCUGAUAGCUUCAGUGACCAGAGCAUGAUAUUUGAUUUACAUAGGACUCUCACACAUAACUCCAUGAUGGAGACAAAAACACUCCGGAUUUGUAGACAGAGUCAUGAUGCCAAAUCCAUCAUUUCCCGUGCAUUGAUAUGGAUGCCUGUUUGUGAAGAAACCACAAUAUGAUUGUUUUUGGAUAAAAGAAACAAAACGAGAGAGAAAGCAAACUGAAAGAUUUUUUUUAAAAGAGCAGGAAUGUGAGACCGAAAUCUUAGAUGAUUUAAAAAGAAGCGGAAAGAAGAAAAUUGGUGUAUAGCUGAGCCAUUAUUCCCACUGUCUGACAGAAAACGUGUGAAGUUACGAAGCUGCAGCUCAACCAGCUCCUUGUUUGGAUUAGCACGCUUGACUGAGACCUUUUUGGCCUAUUUACUGAUUGGCUGUGUGUGUGCCAGAACCAAGGCGUUGUGUAGCCCAGAUCACCCCCCAGCUCUAUGCACAGCACACACACACUCAGUCCCCUCCCUCCAUCCAGUUCCACAUGUUAACUCCUGAGGAAGAGCUGCAGAAAGUCAGAAAGGAGACUGCCGGUGGUGCAGGCAGGGCGCAGAGUGAGGGAGGGCAACAGGCACCGGACUUGGAAACAGACCUGGGAACAGCGAGGCAUCAUGGAAUUCUCAUCUUGGAAGCUUCUGCUGACAGCUCUUCUUAUUCUGAGCUCACGGACGGCCCGAUCUGAAGAAGACAGGGACACCCUCUGGGAUGCCUGGGGCUCAUGGAGCGAAUGCUCUCGUACCUGUGGAGGCGGAGCCUCAUAUUCUCUGAGACGAUGCCUCAGCUCAAAGACUUGUGAAGGGCAGAAUAUCAAAUAUCGCACAUGCAGUAAUGUGGACUGCCCUUCAGAUGCAGGUGACUUCCGGGCUCAGCAGUGUUCAGCUCAUGCUGAUGUGCGUUACCAGGGUCAGUUUCACGAAUGGCUGCCUGUCUAUAAUGAUCCGGACAACCCUUGCUCUCUCAAGUGUAAAGCAAAGGACUCGGAUCUCGUUGUGGAGCUGGCACCCAAAGUGUUGGAUGGAACACGUUGUUACACAGAGUCCUUGGACAUGUGCAUCAGUGGAGUCUGCCAGAUCGUUGGCUGUGAUCAUGAACUGGGGAGCACAGCGAAGGAGGACAACUGUGGCAUCUGCAAUGGCGACGGCUCAUCCUGCAGGCUUGUGCGAGGACAUUACAAAUCCCAGCAUGCUUCUGGGAAAACGGAAGACACAGUGGUCAUCAUCCCCUACAAGAGUCGUCACGUACGUCUGGUUCUGAAAGGCCCGGAUCACUUGUAUGUGGAAAGUAAGACUCUACAGGGGAUAAAAAGUGAGCUGACGCUGGAUAAAUCUGGUCAGUACCACCUGGAAAACACCACCUUGGACUACCAGAAGCUUACAGAUAAGGAAAUCCUCAGGGUGACUGGACCUCUCGGGGCAGACUUCACUAUCAAACUACAGUUUUCCAGUGGAGCAGACAGUGUUGUCCAGUACAUCUACUAUCAGCCCAUCGUCCAUCGCUGGAGAGAGACUGACUUCUUCCCUUGCUCUGUCACAUGUGGUGGAGGUUACCAGCUCACCUCCGCUGAGUGUUUUGAUCUACGGAGUGGUCGAGUGGUUGUAGACCAGUACUGUCACUACUAUCCAGAGAACGUCAAGCCAAAGCCCAAACUGCAGGAGUGCAACAUGGAGCCCUGCUUGGACAGUGACGGUUACAAAGAAAUUAUGCCGUAUGACCUCUACCACCCCUUGCCUCGUUGGGAAAGCAGUCCCUGGACAGCAUGCUCCACUUCCUGUGGCGGUGGCAUCCAGAGUCGCUCUGUCACAUGUGUUGAGGAAGACAUCCAAGGAAACAUCACUCCCACAGACGAGUGGAAGUGUCUCUACAAUCCGAAAGCUGCCAUCCUGCAGCCUUGCAAUGCCUUUGAUUGUCCCACCUGGCUGGCACAAGAUUGGUCACCUUGCACGAUGACCUGUGGUCAGGGCCUGCGUUACAGAGUGGUGCUGUGCAUCGAUCACAGAGGGCUUCAUGCCGGAGGCUGCAACCCCACCACCAAACCCCACAUCAAGGAGGAGUGUCUGGUUACAGUGCCCUGCUACAAGUCUAUAGACACACUACCUGUGGAAGCGAAACCUGUGUGGCAUAAGCAGGCCAUAGAACUAGAGAUAGAAGUCACUGCGACAGAGGAACCAACAUACAUUCCUGGUCCCUGGCAGCCCUGCAGCAGGACAUGUGGAGUCGGAAUGCAGCGGCGGGCGGUCAAAUGCCAGGUGAUGCUGUCCUUCUCCCAGAGUGUUGCUGACUUGCCCGAUGAUGAGUGUGAAGGGGAAAAACCUGCUACAAGUCAGCCUUGCUACAACAAACCCUGCCCUGGAGGACUGGGCCAUGCCCGACAAGAGAAGGAGGAGAUAACCCAUGCCGGUGAACUCUACGACUGGGAGUAUGAGGGUUUUACGGAGUGUUCAGAGAGUUGUGGAGGAGGCGUGCAGGGAGCAGUGGUGAUCUGCCUGAACAAGCAGACCAGGAAGACAGCAGACCAAAGCCUGUGUGAGAGUUCUCGACGGCCUCCACAGCUCCUGCAGGACUGUAAUGCUGAGCCCUGCCCGCCUAGGUGGGAAACAGGUGAGUGGAGCUCAUGUUCUGCUACAUGUGGGGUUGGUCUGAUCACACGCUCUGUGGCAUGCACUCAUCAGCCGUCUAAAGACAGCCGCUACACUGCAGUAUUGAAGGAUGAGGACUGUCAGAAUCCCAAACCAAGUGCUUUCCAAGCAUGCAAUCGUUUUGACUGCCCGCCUAAUUGGGACACACGUGACUGGGGACAGUGCUCCCAGACCUGUGGAGGGGGAGUUCAGAAGAGACGAGUGCUUUGUAAACAACGCUUAGCAGAUGGCAGCAUUCUGGAACUGCCUGACACCUUUUGCACAACAAGACGCCCUGCAAACCAGAGGCAGUGUGGCAUACAGGACUGUCCCCCUCACUGGGUUACAACUGCUUGGUCUCAGUGUUCAGUAACUUGUGGAAAUGGCAUUCAGAGUCUGCAAGCUGUCUGCAAGAAGCAAGGAGAGAAUGGACAAUAUUGGACUAUUGACUCAAAGAACUGUUCCAUGAUGGUCCGUCCUAUUAGAGUCAGACAAUGCUUUUCAAAGCACUGUGAAAACUCAAUGAAGCCUGACCCUGCCAUUUUGGCCCAGAAGAAGAUUUACAUCCAGUGGACGAAGAUCAAAAAGGUACAGCUGGUUAUUGGGGGUUAUGCCUACCUCCUGCCCUGGACAACGGUAAUCCUUCACUGCCCAACCCGCCACUUCCGCAGAGGCCACAUUCAGUGGCUCAAAGAGGGGAAGCCCCUGGUACAUCUACCACAUUUUUCCUUAAAAUCACAAGGAUAUCUAAAGAUUCAACACAUCCAAACAUCCGAUGCUGGAAUUUACACUUGCCUUGUUGGUCAGGCACAAGAACAUUUUGUCCUACAGAUUAUUGGCAACAAGCAAAAGCUGACCACUCCAGAGUCAUGGUUCCAUGAAGGGGGGCAACUUGCUAUGACCUCAACAAGUGAAUCGUCUAAGGAGCUACCCACCUCUCUCAACAAAUAUGACAACCUCGUUGAGCACUUGCUCGAGCUUAAAGGUUCUGUCCAUGAUGAAAAAUUCCUUGCUGAUAAACCUCACUUGAGUGAGAAGAACUGGUCGACUCAGGAGGAUGAGGUCACAGACUCUUCAGUCCCAGUUGUGCUUGCUACCAACAGCCAUAGACUAGAUGAGCUCAUCCAGAACUUGCCUGAAGGUUUUAGAGGGCCACACGGGGAACAACUCAUUGUUCAGUUUCUUAAUGAACUCAGUAUGAUACAAAAGGGCUCUAAAGAAUCUACACUUCACCCUUCAAAUGGUGCAGAAUCUUCUACACAAGGACCACUCCUUUACCAGCCAAACCGCAAAGCCCCAAAAUCCAGGGCUGGAAAACCAGUUAUUGUCCAGCAGUCUAAAAAGGUUAGCCUGGUGCCACAGUCUGAAGUUGUUGUUAAUGUUGGAGUGCCAGUUUUUCUGCAGAAAAGAGUAACGUCUUUGGAGAUACAGUGCGAAGCUUUGGGGGACCCUCGGCCAUCUCUAAAAUGGACUAAAAACAGAAAGGACCUGCUCUACGAUGCCAGAGUUGGCCUUCUGCCCUCUGGCUCACUGAGGAUCCGGUUUCCAGGCAAAGGGGAUGAGGGUCUGUACACCUGUACAGCCAGAAAUCACCAUGGAAGUGCAUCUCUUUCAUCUUGGCUACAGAUUACAAGUGGUAAAGUACGAAGCUGUGUCCACAAUAACAGUACUGACCAUAGAUGUUUUGAAAGGAAUAGCAGCAGUGGGUUUACUGAGCUGUGUCGAGGACAGGACUGUCCCUUCAGCUUGCUUAGGUGGCGAGUGGAUGCUUGGACGCCCUGUUCGGCCACAUGUGGAGGUGGAUCCCAGUCCAGAAGUGUACGCUGUGUGAGGGGUUCUGAGGACAGUUUAAGAGAGGUUGAAAUCCAGCAGUGCUUUGGGAAAGGGAGGAAACCUUCAAAUACAAGGCUCUGUAACAUUCUGCCCUGUGCCAGAUGGACCACGAUGUCAUGGGGGCAGUGUAAUGGACAAUGUGUGGGUCCUAGUUUGGCUACUCAACACAGACAUGUUUACUGCCAGAACACAAAUGGAACCAAACUUCCCUACAGGAUGUGCCAUGGACUCCGAAGGCCGAGUUCUGUGAAGAACUGCUCCACAGAGACAUGCUCUCUUCACUGGCACGUUGGUCCAUGGACACAGUGCACAGCCACAUGCGGACAGCAUGGCUUCCAGUCACGUCAAGUGACCUGUACACACUAUCGGACAGGAAGAACAACUCGAGAACACCACUGCAUGUGGAGACCUCGGCCUCCCAGCUGGCAGAGGUGUAAUAUUUUAUCAUGUAGCAGAGCAGCAGAUUGCAGAGACAGUACAAGGUACUGUGAGAAGGUCCGACAGCUGGAGCUCUGCCUGAUGCCUCAGUUUAAGAACCGCUGCUGCUUCUCCUGCAGAAACACCUGAGAAGAGGAGACGGGGCAAGACACAUGGGGAAAUCUCAGGCAGGCUGGGGAAGGUUCCGUUGGGAAUGUGAAUCCUCCAAGCCUCCAUCCAGGAUCUCCAGUGAUUUAUCUCAGAUGGGGUUAACUGGGAGGAAUAUUUUGUUGUAGCUGUCGUAGCUGUGGGUUUGAAACUGAGAGGGUUCUGACUAAAAGGAGGAAUGUCUGUUUGGUUUUACUUCAUUAUUUUUUAUAAAGUUUAUGCAAUCAGAUUUUUUUUUUCAAAUGAAGGCAACUCAAGAUCCAUAUUUCAAGUGAGCAACAGAAACAUGUGACGGGAGUGCUCAUUUGACUCCACAAACUACAACAUUUGUGAAAAAAAUGUAGUUAAGAAAACCACUGGACAGAUGUGUGUUGUUUUUGUUACAUUAGUGUAAAAACUGUCUCCAGGCAGAUUUGCGCUUUAAUUAGCAUUUUUAACACACCGUGGGUUUCAUACAAUGUGUUUGAUGACAGCCAUUGGGGAAGUAGAUCACAGUCGGUGUUCCUGUUUAGGUUGAUGCUCUGACAGCAGGACUGCAGGUGUUUAAACCAAAGUUCCUGGCAGAAAAGAAAGUUAAACAAAGAAUUUCCAUGCAUGGGUUGCACUAAGGGAGGUGUG